AGUUUACCCUGUUGGUUAUUAGGGUUGGUCACUCUGACAACUAGGCAGACUCCCUCUUUCACAGCUACUUUGCUCUCUCCCGCAAAACCCAAAAUCAAUAUCAUCCGAGUCGACCCGUCCCCGUGUUGAGUUUCAUCAGCGAGUCACCAACUCAGUUAAAAAAUCAACUAAACAAAAAAUGGCGUCUCAAGAUGAACAACAACAAGACCCUCGUAUCCCCAAAAUUUCUUCUGCAAUUCGUGUCAUCCCAAACUUCCCCAAACCAGGGAUCAUGUUUCAAGACAUAACAACUUUGCUUCUUGAUACCAAAGCAUUUAGUGAUACUAUUGAUUUGUUUGUUGAAAGGUACAAAGGGCAAAAUAUAUCUGUUGUUGCAGGUAUAGAAGCAAGGGGAUUCAUAUUUGGUCCACCUAUUGCAUUGGCUAUUGGUGCCAAGUUUGUUCCUAUGAGGAAACCCAAUAAGUUGCCUGGGGAGGUUAUCUCCGAGGAGUAUUCUUUAGAGUAUGGAAAAGACAAAAUGGAGAUGCAUGUCGGUGCCGUGCAAGCUGGAGAACGUGCUUUGAUAAUAGAUGAUCUCGUUGCCACCGGUGGAACCUUGUCUGCUGCGAUUAGGCUACUUGAGCGAGUCGGCGUGCAUGUUGUGGAGUGUGCUUGUGUUAUCGAAUUAUCAGGUUUAAAGGGUCGGGAACGGUUAGGAGAUACACCGCUGUUUGUUCUUGUAAACUCGGCUUGAUCUCACAAGUGUUGUGGUGGUGGUAGAUGGGCAUUGUUUGUUGCACUUUUUAGAGUUUUCAAUAUAUAGCUACAACUUUGCCUAAAGGCCUAACAAGUCUAUUUGGUUGAAUAAAAAAUGCUGCACUUGGUAAAAGUUUUAGUGGAUUGAACCAUGAUAAUAUAAGGUUUAGGUGUUGUUGAUGAUGAUAUUCUUCUAGGCGAGUGUUCAUUGCAUUUGUAAUAAUAUUUUGAGCAAAAGUGGCUUUGAGUGAAAGGUCUUGUUUGUUGAUACAAGAGAUUCUGUUGUUAAUGCCAUUGUUGUGUUUUUAA